AUAAUCGGCGGAGUCACCACUACAGCCAAUGCCACCAAUGCCACUGCAAGCUCGACCACAAGCUCGACACAACCGAUGAACACUGUUCCUUGUAACGGUUUCCCAGAGUUCUGCGCGCGGAAAUACUCCAACAUUACGCAGGUCACAGCUCAUAAUGCCGCCUUCUCUGUGAAGAACAACGCAGCUUCAAACCAAGAGCUCUCCAUCACCGACCAGCUCAACGACGGCAUUCGCAUGCUUCAGGGUCAGGUUCACUGGGAGAAUAACACAAUGUGGAACUGCCACACAUCCUGCUCCGAACUCAAUGCAGGACCAUGGCAAGACGAGCUCGAAACUCUCCGAGAAUGGCUUGAGUCCCAUCCCUACGACGUCGUCACGAUUCUCGUCGGCAACAGCGACACCACUGAUGUAGAAAACUUCGUGCCAGCCAUCACCAACGCAGGUCUCCUGCCUUACGUCUACGAGCCCGCCUACGUCCCGCAGUACCGAUUCCAAUGGCCCACGCUGGGCGAAAUGAUCAUCAAGAACCAGCGCGUCGUCAUCUUCAUGGACUACGAGGCAGAUCAAUCACGAGUCCCAUACAUUCUCGACGAAUUCACCCACAUGUGGGAAACACCUUUCUCUCCCGUCAACCGAUCCUUCCCCUGCACAAUCCAGCGUCCCCCGAACUUGAACGAGACUCUAGCUCGGAAGCAUUACAUGUACAUGGCCAACCACAACCUCAACACCGCCGUCGACCUCUCCAGCAUCGGACUAGGCAGUGGUGAAGCCAUCCUCAUCCCCAACACCGCCGACAUCAACCUCACCAACGGUCAACAAAACCAAAUCGGUCGUCUUGGCGCCACGAGUUUGAACUGCACCCAAGCCUGGGGCGUCCCACCCAACUUCCUCCUCGUCGAUUACUAUAACCGCGGAUCUCCGGAGCCGGGUUCCGUUUUCCACGUCGCAGCUGCCGCGAACGGUGUGACGUAUACGCAAGAAUGUUGUGGCAAGGAACAAAACAGUGCUUCACUGGUACGAGUGAGUUUUGCUGUUAUGGCUAUCGCUUUGUUUGCUGGUGCGAUAUUUUUCUGGUGAUUGUAUAAAAAGAUAGAGAUGCAUAGCAAGGCGUUUGUUGGUAUUGGAAAUUUAUGUCAAGAGCAUUUACGAGCACAUGAUAAAGGUACCUUAUUGAAUAAUACGGGUUUUAAUCACACGACUAGAA